UACUGUAUAUAUAUUAUCUUUUAGGUUAAAGGUGACAGUUUUUAUUUUGUAUAAUAUACAUCAUCAUUGCAUUUUCAAUAUGAGUACAAUGACUGACAAUUCUUCCUUACCUGAUGUUCCAGAAGACACGUCACAUGGCAGUUCUGUUUCAACAACAUUUGUGAAUGCCUAUGAAGAAAUACUAAAACAUGCUAUUGUUGCUCCCAAAAUACACAUAAAUGAAGAUGUGUAUAAAGUAAAAAAUAGUCGGGACGAAGAAAGCUCAAUUUCGUCUGACAGUAAAAGAUCACAAACGACGGAAGGUAAAAUGACCGAAGACAAAGACAGUGACAACUACACAACUCAUUUUAAAAUUUCAGAAGCCAAAGAAGCAGUAAGAAGAAAAAAAACUGUGGAAAAGAAACAGCUUAGAUUUAAAGUUCCAAAUGCAUUGGAUUCUUUGUUGGAAUACACAGACACUCCAUGCAAAGAUAAACAUAACUCUUCAAAUACUCAAUCAGAUUCUACUGACUCAACGCCAGAAGGAAUGCAUCGCAUAUCACCUCCAAGUGUUGAUAAGGAUUUGAUAAGAAUGGAUUCGUUGAUGGAUGAAUGGAACUUGCAACUUAAACGCAAUGUAUUGGCUGAGUUAGCUGAUAUGAAGGCAAGACAGUAUCAAUAUGAAGAAAAUGUAAUUCAUGAAAUUAAAUUAAAACAUAAUGCAGAAAUGCUAAGGCUUACACAUGAAGUGGAAAGUUUGAAAGAAUUAUUAUACAGUUUUGAACAAAAUGUUAAACAAAAAGACGAAGUGAUAAAGAAUUUAACAGAAGCUCUUAAUAAACAGAAAGAGAAAUCUGACAAGAUUCGCUUGUUUAGCAUGUGGAGGUUAAAGCACACAGAUAAACAGCGGCAAGAAUUUUCUUCAAAAAUGGCGGACAAAUUUUAUAAAAGAGCAAUAAUGAACAAAGUAUGGAUAGGCUGGCGGAAUGUUGUUGAAAGCAAAUGGAAACAACGUGUUGAGAAAGCAUGUCAGAUCAAAUCUCAAGAAGUGUGUAUAAAAUUGACUGAAGACUACGAAGAGCGGCUACAAGCACUUCAGAGAGAAUUAUCAGCUGCUCGUUCUGAAGUGGCUAAGAUGCACACAGAACGUGACUGCUAUGAAGAAAAUAUGAAAAAGGCCUUUAUGAGAGGCGUUUGUGCAUUAAAUAUGGAAGCUAUGUCAAUGUUUCACGAAGGAAAAGAUGAAGAGAACAAUCAAGUACAGAACACGCAUUAUCCUUGCACGGUUGCUGAGCCGUCUUCAUCUUUGUUUAGUCAACCUCGAGAAGGAUUGACGAAUAAAAGAACAGGAAAAUCAUCUGACAUAGCUCCGGCAAAGCACGUAACUUUUUCUUCAGAUGGCGCUCUAUCUAAUAGAAAGCCAAAUCAAGCUAAACCCUCAACUAAUAAAAAGGAGCUUCAUGUUAAAAUGACGGCUAGGAGUAGAAAAGACGGUUUAACAGGGUCUGGGGUGCAAUCAUCUAUUUCUUCAAUUAAAGUAGAAAGACAUGUUCCACCUAACGAGAUAUCAAAUCAUGCAACCAGACCGUCAAACAGUCUGCCAGUUUUCGCCAAAGAACAAUCGUGUGACCACUACAAUAGUAGGAAGACUACGGGCUGUGCGCCGACCAUCAAAGUAGUGGAUUAGAUGUCGGAACGUAAUGGAUAUAUUCAGCAAAUUACAGCAAUUGAUACCUAUUGAUAAAGUGUUAUUAAAUGCUUUUAAUUGUAUUUAAGCUAUUUCUAGAAGGCUAGUUUCUUUAGCAA